CCUAAAACAAUUUACCGUAUACUAUAAAAACCAUUUAAUAAUCUUAACAAAACACUCCUUUUCGGUGGCGUGCCCACCGAAAAGGAGUGUACAGUAAGACCCCUCUUUGAGGCGUGGCUGGCGAGACCUCAGGGCGUUCUCACAUUUCGCAUGACGCAGGUCCUCACCGGACACGGAAAGUUCGGGUGGUUCCUGCAUCGGAUUCGUGCGGAAGAGACGCCCGGGUGUCAUCACUGUAUGGCCCGCCCGGAGGACACGGUGGAGCACACAGUAGAGGUGUGCCCCGCUUGGGACGAGCAUCGCCGUGUCCUCGUGGGGGUGAUCGGCGGCGGCGAUCUCUCGCGCCGGGCCUUGGUCGAGGCCAUGGUCCGGAGCGAGGAGGGGUGGAACGCGCUCGCCCCCUUCUGCGACGCAGUAAUGCUAGCCAAGGAGGAGGCCGACCGCAUAAGAAUACGUCUGGAGCGACAACGCCCCAGACGCCGCUGUGAUUCCGAUUCCGAUCCAGAUUUCCAGCCACCGUAGGCGCGGGCUUGCGGACGGCGAGCAAUGGGUAGCUCACCGUCCGGUUGUCUGGUAACAAUCCGGACCAAGCUCAGUCGUCGACGGCGCACACCGUUCCCGCGCGCCUCAAGGAGUUGUCAGCAACUGUAGUGACCCUGAAGAAGGGUCGAAGCCUGCUGGGGCCCAGUACGAAUGGCAUGGAAGGAACGGGGUAGUCUUUAGUCAGUAAAAUUCUGACACUGUUUCCCGCUCUGCCCAAGAGCGGGAUUCGUCAUUUGAUGAUUUUUACCUACCAUAAAAAAAACCCUCCUUUUCGGAGUGAAGUAAUUGAGCGGCCGUACACGGACUGCUCGAGCGGUCGGCGUCGACUGCUUGAAGCUGUUGACGGCUUGAAGUGUUCGCGACUGCUCGAGCAGUCGUGUGUACGGCAGCGAAUGAAUGGCUAUAGUUCAUCGUGCCGGCUUCAAGCAGUCGGUUAUAACUGCUUGAAGCCGUCCGUGUACGGCCGCCCAUAAACCGCUUCAUUCGUGUCGAAUGGAAUUUCAUUAGUGUUACUCAAAAAACGUACACGAAUGAAGUGACAUGAAUGAAAUUUUCAACAAAAAAUCUAAUUUAUUGCGUCAUAGAAUAUUUUAGACGCUAUUAGAAGGCCACAAAAUGUCCCGCUUAUUUGUUACUAAUCUACGUGCAUGAUAAACAAUUCAUUAUUCAAACACUUACUACCACACUAUUAUAAACACGAAUGAUUACAUUUUUGUAUUAAGCACAGAAACAGAGUAAAAUUGUGAUUUCUUACCAGGAUAAUAAAGCGCGCAUCUGCUCUUGUCGAACGUUUGCGUGCCACUGGGGGCCCUUUACGCGGCGUAGGAGUGGGGAUGGCAGUAACGCACAGCCUUUGUUUAUUACGGGAACUUUUGUUUAGUCGACACAAAUGAUUGAAAAAAAUUAUAGUUAAAUAAAACACAGAGAAAUCGUGUUAUAUUUUAAAUUAAUUUAAAACUAUUUAGCGUAACAUGAAGUUAUGGUUAUAAAGUGUAACCAAAAUAAAAAAAUAUACAAUUUCGCAGAGUAA